GCCGCAAGCACCUUCACUUUCGUUUGCAGCCAUGUCCGACCGCGACCACGAUUUAGACCGCGAGCAGGACGAUCGUCGCUACGAUGACGACCGUCUGGAAGACCGCAUCGACGACCGCAUCGACGACCGUAUCGACGACCGCACCGACGACAGAGCGCCCGAGGGUGAACAGAACGACGAGGAAAUCGACGCGAUGAAGCGCCGAGUGCUCGAGAUGGAGGAAGAAGCCGCAAAGCUGCGCCAGAUGCAGCAAAGCUCCGACAUGGAACGCCACGACCUGCGCGAGAACAGGGAAGACGUCGACGCGCGAAGCGUCUUCGUCGGCAACGUGGACUACGGCGCAUCGCCCGAGGAGAUACAGGCGCACUUCCAAGAGUGCGGCAGCAUAAAUCGCGUCACCAUUCUCCUGGACAAAUUCACCGGGCAUCCCAAAGGGUAUGCGUAUGUGGAGUUCACCGAACCCAAUCUCGUCGAGCAGGCGCUCGUGCUAAACGACAGCAUGUUCCGCGGCCGCAACCUCAAGGUCGUACCAAAGCGCACCAACCUCCCCGGCAUGUCCAGGGGCCGUGGUGGCGGCCGUGGUGGCGGUGGAGGCCGCGGAGGAGGAGGCUACGGUGGUCGCGGCUCUCCCUAUGGGGGGCGUGGCGGAGGAGGCGGUGGCUACGGUGCCCCCCGCGGCGGCGGCUACCGAGGCGGCUACCGCCCCCGGGCACAGGGAUACCGUCCCUACUAGGUGAGGACACAGACUUACCGUCCCUCCAACUAGGUGACCACGCUGUGUGGACAGCACAUGUAUCUUUAUCGACCGGAACGGGGUGUAUGGGCGGGCGAGUGGGCGGGCUGAUUGCAACGUCACGGAGCUGAUGUUCGAACUCUUGCAAUGGUUAUGGACUGGGCAUGUAUUAUAUCGGAUCAGCGAAAACCCUAUUUCUAGGUGUUGUUGCCUCGGCAUGUGGCGUGGGGUGGAAGGAAGACAUUGUUCUUCGAAGGGAGGGCGGCCAUUUGGCUUCGAUUGGAGACAGCGAGGAUUUAGAGGCAGGCGUGUUUGAGUUCGUGUACGUACAACCACUGGUAUUGAUUAAUUUCCGCGCGGCGGCUUCUUA